CGUUCCCCGUUCCCGUUCCCCGUUCCCAUUCCCCCAUUCUCCGAUUCCCCGUUCCUCCUUCUAAAGAUAGCCAGAAAAAAUGCAUGCUCCUUGUUCAUGUCCGGAAAUUGCUGCAAACCGCAAUCACGCUAGCCUCCUACGGAGACGCCCCUGGCCUUGAAGGCUACAGUCACGCAAAAACCAAAAACCUUUCUCAGUUCCAGACCUCCCAUUAACUGACCGCGUAUUUGAAAUUCAAUAAGGCCGUCACACAGCCCUGAGUUCAGUGUGACAAGACUUACUCGCUGAAAUUUCUUUGUUUGUCAGCAAUACACAAGAUGGGAGACACUGAAGUGGGUUUCACCGUAGCGUUCGUUGUAACAAUGCUCGUGGCAUUGGUGGGGAACACUCUGUUAAUCUACAUCGUGUGGAAAAAACCCGAGACACGAACGCUGACAAGCUUCAUGUUUGUGAACAUGGCAGUGGCCGACUUGUUGACAACACUACUCCAAAUGCCCAUCACAAUAUCCUUCUUAUUGGACGCUCCUUGGAUUCCUGGUCUAGCGGGGACAAUCACUUGCAAAUGUUUCUACUACGCCACGUUCACUUCAAUAACUGCUUCAAUCCUGUGCCUGACCAUCAUAGCAGUGGAUCGGUUUUUCGCGGUUCUCUAUCCUUUCCACAGCAUCGGUUGGUUCAGGAAAGCACAGAUCGUCUCUCCAAUCAUUUGGAUUGUAUCUUUGGCACUGAUGUCUGUCUCGGUGACUUUUAUUAUACUGGACGAGGACAUUACUAUGUGUAGCUAUUACUUCCGCGAGGCCAAGGUGAGCAUGAAAGGCUUUUUUACCCUGUUUUUCGUCGUGAACUAUCUGGUCCCAUUAGUUAUUAUGUCCGUCCUGUACGGAGCUAUAAUUUACAAACUGUGGUCCUACAAGGCCCUUAGCACUGAAGAGGGACGAAACAACCAAGAAGAACAACAGAAGAAGAAACAAUUGGUUCGAAUGCUGGUCAUAGUUGUUGCUGUGUUUGCACUGUGCUGGCUUCCUACAAACGUGUAUCAGUUGGAACUAGGAAUGACAGGCGAUACGUCGUUCUCAAACUUUGGAAAGUACAUUUCCUUUUUACUCAGUCAGGGAAACAGUGCUAUGAAUCCGUGGUUGUAUAUUGGACUAAACAGGAAGUUUCGCCAAAUAGCCUUCUCGUGUACCUCAGAAAACCAGAACAGCAGACGGGAAAAACGCCGGGAAGAGGUAAAGCUCCAAAGAAGAGCAAUGCAAAGGGAGGUUGAGCGCGAGGACUCUGAUUCAUUUCAAGAUAAAUUGUAACUUGGUCUCGUCACAUAACUUAAAGGUCCCUGGUCAGCUUCCGUAAUUUUUGAUGCCAUUGAAAUUAUUGAUAUUGCAUGGUGAAGCAAAAUCCUAAAUUUGUGUUUCUGAAAGUAUGUUUAGUUAUCUUUACUAGUUUCACAGCGAUUUCUUUCAUUUCAACGUGGGCCGAGAAAAAUAUAAUAGCCAAACUCUCGCUUUUAAACAAGAACAAAGGUGUGGCUGACUAGGACCCUUUAAGUCCAGAUCAAAGGAGCUCUCUCUAUCACGCAAUGAUAUGCUCUCCAGAGAGAGGGUCACUGUAGCAUUGCGUGACAGAGGGAGAGUCAGAAAUGGACUAAACUUUGAAUAGGCAGAUUACCUAAACUCAUUACAUUGUCUGUUUAUGUUUAACUUAGUUUCACAUUUGCUACAGUCUGUCCAUAAAAGCUAAAAGUAAAGAUAAAGUCAGUAUACCAGACAUGUGUCCCAUCUGGCCAGUACUUAUCUCAGUUUCUGUAGCAUGAAGUGACUUGGAGUAUUUCUUCUCCCCCCUGGAUGCAAUGCUAGUCUAUUGCAGGGUUACCCCCAGCAUUAAGUUUGCUGGUACCCAUUUAUACACCUGGCUCAGGAGAGAGGCUCUCCACUUUACCCAAUGACACAGAAUGGUGUGCCAUUGAGUUAAGCAUUUGGCGAAGAACACAGCACAUUGUCCCCUGCUGGGGCUGGAACCUGGACCACUCAAUCCAGGGGUGAGCGCACUAACCAUGAGGCCAAUGCGCCUCCAGUACGGUCAGUCCAUACCGGCUCAAUAGUUAUGACUGUCACAGUCGAGAAAAAUUUUCUUCCUGUAGCUUGGCAUGUUCCCUCCACAUAGAUCAGUGGUGUUUUAUGUGUGAAUAUCAUAUGUCAAUCUUGUUAAGGAUAAGAGUGAAGCUACUUAAAGAGAUGUUAACUUAUGCUAGACAAAAUCAGCCAUAGAAAAAUUGCUUGCUUACAAUGAAUUGAUCUUAGGCUUAAACAUGUGCCAGAGACAUUGUCAAGCAAGGUGUAGUCACUAUGAGCUAAAUAAAGCUGCAGAAACUGUAAAGUUUUCUUCCUUAAACGCAUAGUCAAUAGUACUUGGUUAGAUUGUGAAGCUGAAAAUAUAAAAAUUAUAAAAUUUGAAAUUUGUAAUAGUAGAAAUAACUUUUAAAUAACUCUUCAUGUAAGCGAUUUAAACAACUUGUGAUGGAUUAAGAGGAAAAAAUUUUAUUAAGAAAGAGUUUCAAAUAAAGUAAUGGCGAGUUUAAUUAAAAAAAUUCCCGAA